AUGACAACAAAAUUGAAUGAAUCUGAGUAUUACGUCACUAAUGAUGGUCUUCUCUACUUAAAUAAUACCCAUCGUUUGCUGAACCAAUCAGAAUUCAUUCGUGAUUCUCAAGGUAUAAUAAGUAUUUGUGUAAACAAUGGUACAAAUGAUAUAUCAAACAUCAAUGGUAUAUCAAAGUAUUCCGUAGCUGAGAGCUAUAUCACAUUAGUGGGACUCGUAAUCUCUAUUCCGGCUCAGAUAAUCACUAUUAUAGUCUAUCUCUGUAUACCUGAUCUCCGUACCUUACCAGGUAAAUUACUCAUUAGUCUUUUGUCAGCACUGUUUGUAGCUGAGCUUCUGUUUCUUAUCUCAUCACAAAUCACUACAUCUCUAGUGAUGUGUAAAUAUUUAGCUAUAGUGAUGCAUUAUUCCCUUCUAGCGACUAUCUUCUGGAUGAAUGUCAUGUCUUUUGAUGCCUGGCACACUUUCUCAGGACUCACACAAAUUCGAAGUAAAGGAAAACAUACCAAGAGAUUUGUAUUAUAUUCCUUGUAUGCUUGGAUCUGUCCACUUGUAAUAGUAACAGUAUCACUGAUAUUUGAGUAUAUUCCUGGAAAUCACGGACUUUAUCCAGAAUAUGGAAAUAGUAUUUGCUGGAUAACAAAUGGAAAAAAUCUACUAUGGUUUUUUGCAAUCCCCGUAAUGAUUAUUUUAUGUCUUAAUUUCGUAGCAUUUACCCUCACCGCUAGAGGACUCUACUUGGCACGCAAACUUUCUUCGAAAUAUUUACGAAAACAUAAUGAAAUGGAGUUCAUCAUUUGUGUAAAACUAUUCUUUAUCAUGGGAUUAACGUGGACAUUCGCAUUUCUGUAUACGUUUACAAGAAUUGAAUAA